ACCAUUUGUUACUCUCCAACAUUUAUGCAAAUGCUGGUAGGUGGGAAGAUAUGGCAAAUAUUAGGAACCUAACAAAAAGGAACUUGGAAAAGAUCCCUGGUUGGACCUGGGUGUCAAAGGAGAUUUAUGGAUUGCUGAAGAGUAUGAGUGAGAAACUGGAGUUAGCUGGUUAUGUUCCAGAUACAAAUUUUGUGUUGCAUGAUGUUGAUGAGGAAGUUAAGGUUGGAAUCUUGUACACACGUAGUGAAAAAUUGGCUAUUGCAUUUGGUCUUAUUGCCGCACCUGAGGGAACUCCUAUCAGGAUUACAAGAAAUCUUAGAGUUUGUGGUCAUUGCUACAUUUAUUUUGUGUCCGCUAUUACAAAGAGGUUGAUUAUCGUCCGAGAUGCAAAUCGGUUUCACUACUUCAAUGAGGGUGCUUGUUCAUGUGGGGACUACUUGUAAUUGGCUUACUUGAUUUUGGCAGGUUAGUUUUCCCCUUUUACAUGUUUUGUUAAAGUAUCAGAUCAUAUUUUUUAGGGUUCUUUAAUGUUAAA